AGCAGCAAUGGCGGCUCCCGUGUCCUGGAGGAGGCUGGUGUACUCCGUGUACACACCGGCCGUCGCCGGAGUGUUCACCCGAAUAUCCGACCGACUCUUCCGUACCCGGGACAGGAGAGGCGGGUCCUCCAUGCUGCUGCUCGCUCCUUUACUGGCUGAAGCCGACCCAGCCCCCCGACGCGUCUCCAGGCCCACCGGGUCAGCCGGAGCUCAGGGCACAGACGGCCUCUGCACCCACUUCCGAUGGAUGGCAGAGCACGUACCCGCUUUCCGGGUGCCCGGCACCCACAUCCACAUUCUCACCUCACCGGACCAGUUCUACCAAACCAUGAAGGCACGUAUCAAGACGGCGAAGAGGCGAGUGGUGUUGGCCUCGUUGUAUCUGGGAACGGGUCAGCUGGAGCAGGACCUGGUGGACUGUAUGGAAGAAGCUCUACAACACUCGCAGGAAAACAACCCCGACCUAAAAGUCUCCGUUUUGCUGGACUACACACGCGGCUCACGAGGGCAGGUUAACUCGAGGACCAUGCUGUUGCCCCUGUUGCAGCGCUUCUCCUCUCAGAUGCGGGUGUCUCUGUACCACACGCCGGACCUGAGGGGGCUGCUGAGGCUGCUGGUCCCUCAGCGCUUCAACGAGACCAUCGGAGUCCAGCACAUCAAAGUUUACCUGUUUGACGACAGCAUUAUUAUCAGCGGGGCCAACUUGAGUGACUCAUACUUCACCAACAGACAGGAUCGCUACGUGCUGCUGGAGAACUGCAGGGAGGUCGCCGACUUCUUCUCCGACCUGGUGGAGGCCGUGGGAGACGUUUCCCUGCAGCUUCAGCCCGACGACUCCGUCAGCAUGCUGGAGGGCAUGGUGCACCCAUACAAAGGCAACAGGCAGGAUUUCUCAGCCGUGGCCAGGAAGCGGAUCAUGGAGGUCGUGAACACCGCCCACGUGCGGCAGCAGCUGCUGAACCGGUCGGAGGACUCGGAGGACGAGGGGAUGAGCGAGGGGGAGGAGGACACCUGGGUGUUCCCGCUGGUCCAGAUGAAGCCUCUCGGGAUCCAGGUGGACGAGCAGGUCACACAGCGCCUGCUGUUAGACGCGGAGCCGGACUCCACUGUGUUUCUAACGUCGGGUUACUUCAACCUGACCCGGGCGUACAUGCGGCUGGUGCUCGGAGCCGGACCCAGCUACCGCAUCCUCACCGCCUCACCGGAGGUCAACGGCUUCUUCGGAGCCAAGGGCGUCGCCGGAGCCAUCCCCGCCGCCUACAUCCACAUCGCCAGACAGUUUUACAACCAGGUGUGCCGGUUGGGCCAGCAGGAGAGAGUUCACCUGCAUGAGUACCACCGACAGAAGUGGACCUUCCACGCUAAAGGUCUGUGGUAUUACCUCCAGGGGCAGGAUCGGCCUUGCCUCACUCUAAUUGGCUCCCCUAAUUUCGGUUACCGCUCAGUUCACCGUGACCUGGAGGCCCAAAUCGCCAUAGUAACGGAAAAUGAGGAGUUGCAAAGCCAGCUGCAGGAGGAGCAGGAGAUGUUGUACCAGCGCUCCACCGAGGUUUCCAGCUCCACGUUCGAGCAGCCGGACCGCCACGUCAAGCUGUGGGUGAAGCUGGUCACUCCUCUCAUCAAGAAUUUCUUCUGAGGUCCCAUCAGGCGGCUUCAGUCUCUUCAAUCCUGAGAUUCAAGGUCUGGUUGGAGGUCGGUCCGUUCCUGCAGACGGGGACGGUUGGACCCACUCAAGCAUCUCCAGCAUGCUGGGAGUCGACAUCUUCAGCUAAAACUCUCAUCAGUGUGUUCCAGGAAGUGACACUCUCUCUCUCAUACACACACACACACACACACACUCACAGACACACAGGAGCUGAUGUACGUGGUGAAUUCAGCUCCAGGUCCUGCAGUUUACAUUUCAGUCGCUCCGUUAGAUUAUUUAAAAUAUUAAAACCUGACGUCGUUACACUGUGGAUUUCUGUUUUUGUAGCUACAAACCUCUAAAAGAUAGAAAAGAAAACCUACUUCUUCUUCUUCUACUACUGUUCAUAUAUCUGCACACUUACAUUCUGCAUGUGUUAAAAAAAAAAAAUUCAAAAAAGCAAUACAGACUUGAUCAGUGACGAAGGGCGGCGUGAUGAUGGUGAACGGGCGGGUGUGGCAGAUCAUUACAAUCCCUCGAGGAGCCUUAAUAACAGUUUUUAAGAGCUCUUACAGUGUGUUUACAGCUGAGCCCACGGCUGUAAUCAAAGCUAACUGUACAGUGUCUUUGUGUUAUUAUCUUUGUAAAUUAAAGGAUGAUGUGAGUUUUUAAAAUUACUCUAAAUGGUAUGACUGAGGUGUUUCUUUUUUUUGUUUUUUGUCGUCAUAGCAACAUACAAAAACACAACCAGCAGUGACAUUGUGCUAAAUGUAAAGCUGCGAUG